AUGUAUACUCCGCGCACGUCAGGUUUGCUGGGGAGGUGUCUGAAGAUCGAUUCAGCGACAUUAGCGCUCCGACGGCCGUCGGUAGCAAGAGUACUGGUUGAGAUGGAUGUAUCCAAGCAACCUCCAAACCGUAUCUGGAUUGGGGAGGACCAGGAGGGUUUCUGGCAGGAAGUGGAGUACGAAAGCUGGCCGCAGUUUUGUGGGUUUUGUACCCGAUUUGGUCAUGCAGAAGGGGACUGUCAUAAGAAGAAUCCGGAUCUCAAACCAUCCAAAAAUUUGUUCAUGAAGGCAGGGAAGGCAAUGGACGUUUAUCGGCCUAAGAGUCGACCAGGUUGUGACCUCCCGCAGCCGGAGGUUUUCAUUACUCAGGUGGCGUCGCCCCAGCUCACUGUUGGGGUUUUGGUUCCUGGCCAGGCCAGUGAAGGGGGUAUUGACGUCUCUAUUGCACCUGAGGAGGCUGCGCGCUCGGACAUGGGGGACUUAAAGGGGUCCCCACAGGCUGACAUUGGUACCACGUCCGUGACUGAUGUUGCGCUUGGGAGUGUGGCGACUGCUGGGACUGUGGUAGCCGCACAGGCGUUUGCUGCUGCGUCAGAAAGGGCACUCGGGGUGGAACAUGGCAAGGAAGAGGGGAAGGAUUGUGGUGGGGAGGGGAGGGAGUGUGGGCAGAAUGAUGAGGUGGUUGUGGUGUCCUCUAAUUCCUUCGCGGUGCUGCACUCACUGUCGGGUAUGGAGGUGCAGGAUUUUGAGCGUGACCUGUCCAGGUCGGCGAGUCAUGCGCGGACACCCAGUCAGAGGCAUAGGCGUCUUUGCUCGGACGGGGACAAACCGGGGGAACUGGUGUCGAGGGAGCAGUUAAACCAGUUUCACAGGCAGUUGCUUCAACGUCAAGUCGGGGAGCCAGGUGAGGGCCAUGAACAGGAUGGGGUGGAGAAAGUGAAGCAGCAGGAGGUCCCGAAGCAUGGCCAGCCAGCAGCUUCGAGGAAAGGGGGACGGUCUGCUAAGGCACAUCUUAAUCAGAUAAGGUUGCUGGUGUUGCUGGAACCUUUGUCGGAUACUCCUCAACUUGAGGUGGUCCGACGGUUACUUGGGUUUGAUAGUUCUCUGGGAGCAUUGAAUAAUAAGGUGUGGGUUUUUUGGUACAAUGACAUGACGUUGAAUUUCAAGGAACUGGCAGAGCAACUCCUUCAUAUGCACGUCACCUUCUCCUCGGGGUGCUCUAUUCAGUUCUCGGCAGUAUAUGCUCGGUGUACUAGGGUGGGGCGGAGAGAUCUGUGGGCAGCAAUGGGUGCUUUGGCAGGGGAAGUUGUUGGGCCCUGGUUACUGGCAGGGGACUUCAAUGUCAUCUCCAGUAGGGAGGAGCGCGCAGGAGGUUCUCCGGCCAAUGAAAGAAACAUGGAAGAAUUUAAUGAUUCAAUUGGCAAUUGUGGUUUGACGGAGGUGCCUUUCGAUGGUACUGUAUUCACAUGGACGAAUGGUAGGAUGUGGCAACGCUUGGAUAGGGCCUUAAUGAAUCAGGAUUGGGCUGGUGGGUAUGAGUUCUCUCAUGUCUCACACUUGUGCAGAGGUCGCUCGGAUCAUGCUCCACUGUUGAUCAGUUGCCAGAAUGGGGGUUCUAUCAAACGGCCAUUUAAAUUUCUAAAUGUCUGGCGGAGGCACUCCGGUUUCUUGGAAGUGGUUCAGCAGGGUUGGGCGAUACCCGUGGAGGGUGACGGUAUGACGAAAUUUGUUCAAAAACUGCGGGCAGUUAAGGGUUGCCUGCGGGGAUGGAAUGUCCAGGUGUUUGGCAAUAUUUUUAACAGGGUCAGAGAGGCUGAGGUUGAUCUGAAACAACGGGAGGCGCAAUAUGACAUCCGGAGGGACUCGGGUUCCAGAUCAGCGCUAGAGGAGGCCAAGGCGGUUCAUGCGAGGAGCCUGGCAUGGGAGUGUGAGUAUUGGAGACAGAAGGCGGGCAUCCGUUGGUUGCAGGUGGGGGAUGCUAAUACGGCAUUUUUCCAUUCGCGAUGCCGGCAGCGUCGCAAUUUUAAUUUUGUGGCUCGCAUUAAAGAUCAGUCGGGAACAUGGGUGGAGGAUAUCCAGGACAUCAAGCAUUCAGCAGUGGAUUUCUUUGCCUCUUUGCUAGCCUCCGAACAACAUGGAUGGCAGGCUCCGGGGUUUCCUUUUACGCUCCCACAUCUGGCUGCUGCGGACAACGCCAUGUUAAGUGCGCCACCGGACAUGGAAGAAUUGAAGGGGGUGGUUUUUGCGUUACAAGCAGAUAGUGCUCCGGGCCCUGAUGGGUUUGGCGCUGGAUUUUACCAGGCUUGUUGGGAUAUCAUCAAGUCUGAUUUGUUGGACGCAGUACAGGCUUUCUUCCAGGGUUUGCGUUUACCUAGGAGUUUUACUAGCACUUCUAUUCUUCUCCUUCCUAAGGUUACGGGCGCCACGCAAUGGAAGGACUUUAGACCAAUCAGUUUGUGCAACGUCUGCUCAAAGAUUAUUUCUAAGAUCGUUUCUGAUCAGUUGGGUAGGGUGCUUCCUGCCUUAGUGGACCCCUGGCAGACUGGCUUUGUACCAGGCCGUGGAAUCACGGACAACAUUCUUCUCACGCAGGAGUUGGUGGCUGAUUUAGAUCGGCGAUUGAGGCACCCGAAUCUCAUGUUGAAGUUGGAUAUGGAAAAGGCGUAUGACAGGGUCGAGUGGUCUUUUCUUUUGUUUAUGCUGCGGAAGUUUGGUUUUGAGGAACAUGUGGUAGACAUCAUUUUUCGUCUGGUGUCUAACAAUUGGUUCUCAAUUUUGGUCAAUGGGGAGGCUGCGGGUUUUUUUAAGUCCUCAAGGGGGCUUCGACAGGGUGACCCGGUGUCGCCUGCCCUUUUUGUUUUAAUUGCCGAGUUUCUAGGCCGAGGGGUGCAUCAUCUUCUGGUUAAUCAGCCGGGCAGGUUGUUUGUUUCGUCAGCGACUCCGGUGCCUUACCUCGCUUUUGCGGAUGACAUGCUAAUUUUUACAAGAUGCUCGGAGGAGUGCCUGUCUGCAAUCAAGGGGUUUCUUACGGCGUACCAGGAGGCCUCUGGUCAAAGGGUAAAUAGCAGUAAGAGCUCCUUUUUCUUGCCGUCAGGGGCUACUUCACAGCAGGAGGAGGUGGUGCAUAGCAUUUUGGGUUUUCACCGUCAGUCAUUUCCAUUCACCUAUUUGGGGGCACCAAUUUAUAAAGGCCGGCAGCGGAGUGUCUUGUUUGAUGAUAUUGUGUCCAAAAUGCGGGCCCGCCUGGGUCACUGGAGUACUAAGUUGCUAUCCUUUGGGGGUAAACUCGUCUUAGCACGGCAUGUCCUUGCGUCGUUGCCUAUGUAUCUACUUCAGGUGUUGGAUCCUCCCAAGGCGGUUCUCUCUCGGUUAGGCAGGAUCUGUAAUUCCUUUCUUUGGGAUCAUCAAGGGGAGAGGCGCAUUCAUUGGUCUUCCUGGGAUAAGUUAUGUUUUCCCUAUGACGAAGGGGGUCUUGGGUUUAGAUCCUUCAAGGACAUGGCACGGGCGUUCUCAGCAAAAUUAUGGUGGCGGUUUAGGCUUGGAGAUUCCAUCUGGGCUGCUUUCAUGCAGGCCAAGUACGUCAAAGGGAGUCAUCCGUCGGAAGUGUCGGCAAUGCGGGCUACAGCUACGUGGCGGCGUCUUGAGGCGAUUGGUCCUCUGGUUGAGCCGCACAUUAGAUGGAGCUUAGGGGAAGGUUUGGUGGAUUUUUGGAAGGACAGGUGGGUGUUUCAUGAGCCCUUACAGCAGGUUGUGGUUAGUUUGGAGAGGCCUCAUUUUCUUGUCUCGGAGUUUCUUACUUUGGGGGGAUGGGAUGAGCGGCGUCUUGCUCGGUGGGUCCCGGAGUUUGUUGUUCGUGCAAUUAUAGAUAUACCCUUUGACUUAGCUCAGAAAGAUAGAAUGGUCUGGUUGCCUUCACCGUCGGGGUGCUUUUCGGUCAAGUCGGCGUGGGAGGUGUUUCGGGGAAGGCGGCAUCACUCCUUGGUUCAUUCAUUAUUAUGGCCUUCGGUCCUACCAGCAAAAAUGUCCUUUUUGGCUUGGCGAGUGGUGCGUAAUGCCCUUCCUCUGGAUGUGGCGUUGCGGUCGCGGGGGCUGGCCUUACCCUCUAGAUGUGGGUGUUGUUAUCUGGAAGAGGAGGCGCUGCUUCAUGUUUUCCUCACGGGUCCGGUCGCAUCGGAAGUGUGGCGGAGGGUGUCUGGCCGUUUUGGUUUUCAGCUGCAGAAUUGCUGGAGUAUGGCAUCGGUUUUUGUUGCUUGGUAUCUCACUUCUCCGUCAUCUUCAAAGAAUCAUAUUCGGGUGUUUAUGCCAGUGGUUGUGUGCUGGUUUCUCUGGUUAGCAAGGAAUCAGGAGCGUUACAUGGCGUGCGGUGCCUCGGAGGAGGACCCCUCGUGCGAUUGCCUGGGUGAAACCGCCUCCUGGGGUGCUUAA